GUUCUGAUCCAAUCAGAUGCAAAGAUUUCAGUAGCUUAUAACAGUUCUCGGUGAAAAUCACCAUUGUUUGAAAGCUUCCCUGUUCUCCUAACUUGAGAUUUGUUUAACCCGUCAAUAGGAAUCGAGGCAAGCCGAACAAACUGCUGUCGCCGAGGCAACGGCAACCGCCAGCACCAGUGCAGGACCAUCCACCAGUGCGGGACCAGGGGCGGCGAAGGCUCCGGGACCUGGAGGACCCAAUGCCCCGCCUCCCGUGAAGUCGCCUUGCAUCAUCGAGUUUGGAAGGUACGAGAUCCAGACGUGGUACACCUCACCCUAUCCUCAGGAGUACGCCCGGCUUCCCAAGCUGUACCUCUGCGAGUUUUGUCUCAAGUACAUGAAGAGCAAAAGCAUCCUUGUCAGGCAUUUGACCAAAUGUGGUUGGUACCACCCGCCAGCGAACGAGAUCUACCGCAAGGGCGACCUCUCUGUCUUUGAGGUGGACGGGAACAUCAGUAAGAUCUACUGUCAGAAUCUCUGUCUCCUGGCCAAGCUGUUCCUGGACCACAAAACCUUGUACUACGAUGUGGAGCCGUUCCUCUUCUACGUCCUCACCCUCAAUGACAAGAAAGGCUGCCAUCUUGUUGGCUACUUUUCCAAGGAAAAGCACUGUCAACAAAGAUACAACGUGUCCUGUAUCAUGACGCUACCUAUGUACCAAAGGAAAGGCUACGGAAGGUUUCUGAUCGACUUCAGUUACCUGUUGUCAAGGAGAGAAGGGCAGACGGGAACCCCUGAGAAGCCCCUCUCAGAUCUUGGCAAGGUCAGCUACUCGGCUUACUGGAGGAGUGUCAUCCUGGAGUAUCUUCAUCGGAACAGGGACUCCAAGAAACUCACCAUCAAAGCAAUCAGCAGGUCUACGGGAAUGUGUCCACACGACAUAGCGGCUACCCUGACCAGCUUACGGAUGAUGAAAAGACAAGGAGACAAGGUCGUACUGAGGAUACGAAAGAAGCUGAUAUCCCGCCACCUGACCAAGCUCCAGCAGAGCAAGCACAAGAGGUUAGAACUGGACAACGACUCACUCCGUUGGUCACCCAUAGCGGUCACCGGUCUGGCGGUCUUGGAGGAAGAGAGAGAGGCAAAGAGAGAGGUCCAAAAGAUGGGUGCACUGGUGAGCGACCUGGAGCGGGAGAGACGGCAAGGGUCCCUAUCUCCGCGCAUCUCUUCCCCGAACAAACUCACCGUCACCAGAGAUGUCUUUGCCCGGGAUGCUGCCGAUGCCAGCCCCGUCAAGACCAAGAUGAAGAAGAAAAAGACUACUUGCUUACUUUAUCCAAAUCCUAUCAACUCGGAGGAAUGCGAUUGUCCUCCUCGACUUACUAACCAGGUCCACACAAGACAGAAGAAGGUUCGGAAGCGGAGACGGAAGAUCCCGGUCCUCCAGUCCGUGGCCGACGAACCGCUGAUGAAGAAGAAGAAGCCGGCUGCUGCCUUGGAUUCUGAUUCCGACGGUGGACAACCCAAGCUCUUCAUCGCAGAGGAACCCAGUCACGCAAAGACCAUGCCAGUAAGGACAGGACCCAAGAAGAAACUCAAGUCACCUCUGAAGAACAAGAAGAAUUCAAAGGUCAAACGAGGUCCAGGACAUGGUAACAAGAAGCUGACCAAAUCCAAGCUGAAGUUAACCGGCAAGGGACUAAAGUCCAAAGGUGCAGCGAAGAACAAACUGUCAUCAGUGGGUGGCAAAGGAGCAAAGAAAGGAUCGGGAAAGGGCGGAAAGGGCAAGCUUGCACUGAAAUCAAAGCUUGGUCCGGUGAUAAAUGGUGACUUUAGCAGCUCUGACAGUGACUUUGAGCCACCCAAGCCCCCACCCAGGAUUGGCCGGCCACCCAAAGUAAAAGCUCCCAUCCAACCACCGGUCACCUCAUCCACCAAGGCUUCAGCCAAGAGUACCGGGUCUACUCCUGGCACAUCUACUACCAGAGGGCGUCCAAAAAACGGAGAGCCCGCUACCCCCAUAGAGCAAAGGCGAGGGUGGCCUAGGGGGCUUCAGCGGGCGAAACAACAAGAAGACGGGCCACCAAUAGUGAAGAAGCGCAGGAGGAGGAGAAAACGUGUUCCGCUUUGGGAGAGGAAGAAGAAGACAAAGCCAAAACCGAAGCCGAAGCCUCUGAGCCCACCGCCACCAUCACUCCAAGCAGCUGUGCCACAUAGUGCAACACCUUCAAGCACCCUGAGUGCCAAACCAUUACCCCUUGGGCCUGUGCUCGAUUCAGACGACACCACGUCAUCGUCGGAUGAAGAAGACUUUGCCAGGCUCCUUAGACUCACCAAGCCGGUGGUCAGACCAAAGAAAAAAGUGCCACCUAAACUGGUCAAGACUAAACCAUUGACAGUAGCAAUAGAUUUUAGCACCAGUACCACAGACAGUGACAGUGAUACCGAUCUUGAAAUCAGGACCAAAGACCUUGAGAGAAUUGCCUCUAAGAACUUUUCUGUCGCAAAUGCAAAGAAUGCAAAACCAGUUGUGGCAAGUGUUAGUCCAAAGACAGCCAAAGAUGUUGCUCCUGCAACUGAAUCAAAUCCACAGAGAACUCAAAGUAGUGAGGCUUGUAUAAAUGGCCUUAACUGCUCAAGCAGUAGUAGCAGCUCUGACAGCAGUAGUGACAGUGAUGACAAUGCGAUAUCUAAAGCCACUGCUGAGGAGUCUACAAAGACUGGUGACACACAAUGGAAUAAUGGUACUACAGUUAGCAAAAGUGACGAGAAAUCUGUAAAGCCUAAAGACAUUGAUGAAGAUUCAGAUGCCGAAAUGGAAGUGGACGAGGAAGAAAUUGAGAAAGGAAGGGAGGCAGACACAGAAUUGAGCAGUGAUGAUGAGCGAUGCGUAAACAGUGAUGAUGAGGAUAGUGAGGAUAAUACUGAAAACACCAUACAACAGGACGUUCCUACAGACCUUAGCAUGAAAUCUGUUGAUCAAACCAAUGCUCAGACUCUUUCUAAGGAGAUAGAACAUGUAAGACCCUCAGGGGAUGCCCUUAGUGAACUUGCGAGCGAAGACAGUGAUGAUAAAACUGAAAAUGAUGAAAUUCUUGAUAAUCACAGUACUGAUAUUAGAUUGGAACCAGAGGUGGAAAGCACCGUCAGGCCCAUUUCUAAAAUACCGGAAGAUAGCAGCUGUACCAGAUCUAGGCUCUCAUUCACAUCGUCAUCAUCAUCCUCAUCUUCAUCAUCGUCUGAAGACGAGAAGGAGGAAGGAAAUGAGAGAGUUGAGGAGCUGAGAGAGCAUUUAUCUGCCGAGGAUGACGAUCACCAGGAUAGCGAGCCUGAAGGUGAUGCUCCUCCUACCCUUGCAGAGGUUGAAUCUCCUGUAACUAGUCCUCAAGUACAUUCAAGUCCAUUCUUACAGCCCUAUGAUGAAAAAACACAGGACAGUCCUUCUAGACAUGAGGACAGUUUAUUGACUGAAGACAAGGGUGAGAACUUGAUGUCCACUGACAGGAAAGAAACACUUGAGGAUGAUGACGAAGAAGAGCAGUUACAUGAUAUUCUGUCGCCACACACUCCAGAUCAAAGCAGGGAGAACGUAGAGGAAUUGAAAGAACAUAGUUUCAGUAGCCACAGUGAUCAUAGCACUGAAGCUUCUGAAGAGAACAGACCAGAAGAAGAUCAGUUUGACAGCGCAGGACAUCCUGUGGUGGAUAAUAGAGAGAUGGAUGAGUUUCAGGAGCCAAAAAUUCUUGAGCCAACUGAGGCAGAGGAUAUGGAGACUGCUGAGGCCAUUGAAUCCAUCAUGGAAAUCGAUCCUCAAGAAAGGAGGUCUCCAGAGUGCAUGGCUGAUAGUGAUGACCAUGAGCAAACAUACCAGCCCAAUUCCGAAUCGGAUUUCCCGAAUUUCAGUGGCAGUGAUACCCAGGAGAUCAGGUCCAGGAAUAGCUGUAGUGACAUGGAUAUGCUUGGAAUGAAUGACCAACCGAUGGUGCCACCAGCAUCAGCAGAGGCACCUGCUAUUGAUGUGGCUUCUGUGAUGGACACCCCUCAGUCACUUGACACAUCACCAAUGUGCAUGAAUACUGGUUUGUCUUCUGUAGAAGGAUCCAACAGUGUGGAGAACCAGGAAGUUGUAGAGCGAUCCAUGAUGGAUAUCCCCAGCACCAUGCCUACACCACAGUCGAUGGAACCUGUGCCUGUAUUAGAUACCAUUCCACCUUUAGACACCACUCAAAGCAUGGAUAGUACUCAACAGAUGAUGGACACUGUACCUGGGAUCAUGGACUCUGCGCCUCAGAUGAUGCCGGUGCAACCGCCCACUGUGGAGCAGCAACCACAAUCUGUUAUCAAUUCUACCCCUCCCCAAAUAGACUCUCACGUAGUACACCAACCAUGUAUGGAUACAAAUGUUCACCUUGAAACACAGCAGCACCUAGAUGCACCACAAGCACCUCCGGCCGACCAGCAGCAACCGCAGAUGUUGGGCCCUCAGGGACAGAUGCAGCAGCAAAUGCACCAUUCCGGAAUAUCUUCUUGUCAAAAUAACUUACAGACUUCUAUGGGUGGCAACCCCCAUGAGAAUAUGCAGUCAAUGGGCAUGCCAGAAUAUGGACGUUCUGGUGAGAUGACUCAACAUGGCAUGCAGAUGGGUUACCAGUCUUGCAGCAACCCUGUGAGGAGGUACGGGAACUGUAUGGAAAUAGCUGAUCAUCAUGGUCUUGACCAGGCAGAGAUGAUGCCCAACCCUGGUAUGACAGGAGUAAGAGGAAUGGGGAAUCUAGGAAGCCCUCAGAUGCACCAUAAUCUCAAUAGUCCACAUGGAGACAUUUGCAGUACUAACAUUGGUCCUCAGCAAGCACCACCUCCACAGCAGCAACAACAGCAACAGCCACAACAAGGUUACAGCCCCAAGCAAUCUAGUCCACCAGGAAGACCUGGUAUGGGUCAGCCAGUGCCAAGCAUCAGCCCACAAAUGAAUUCCCUCAAUAGUCCUCAGCUGGGAAAAAUGAAUAGUCCACACCAGAUCAAUAAUCUGCAGAGUCCGCAGGUUUGCAGCCCAGCGAUGGGUGCACCAAUGUGCAGUCCAGCGAUGACCAACAAUAAUCCACUCUGCAGUCCCAGUUUAAACAACACCCAGGUAUGCAGCCCAGUUAUGAAUGUUUCUGCAUGUAGCCCUGCACUGAACAAUAAUAAUCAGGUGUGCAGCCCAGUUUACACCCAGUCCUGCAGUCCUGCUCGUAGCACCGGUCCAGCCUGUAGCCCUGCCAUGACUUAUCCACCGGUCAAGAGUCCAGUGAUUACCUCCGCAACUUCAUGCAGUCCGCAGAUGCAUAACGCACCUGUGUGCAGCCCUCAAAUGCGCAGUCCACAGGUGUGUUCUCCGAUGGGACAGCCUGGAGCCGGAUGUGUCAUGAAGCCCCCACUUGGAUCACCCACUGGACACAAUGGCAACAAUUCAAAUAAUAAUGUUAUGUUUGGACCAGGAGGCCAGCAGUCACAGAACAAGAGAGGUUCUACAAGCAGCCUUGCUGCACUCCAGCAGCUGACAAAUGAAAUUUUACCAAACAAGCCACUUACAGUCCCACGAUCACCCAAGCCUACAGCUAAUCUGACACCUCCCCAGAAUCCAACACCACCACCAGUGCCAACACCCCCAGUUCAGAAUGCUCAAGUGCAUAUGCCAAGGAAUGUCACUCCGCCAGUUUCUCAAUCUCAUAGACAGACUCCUCAACGCAGAGUUUCUAUGGCUGCUGUGGAUCAUGUACAGCAGCAGCCACAACAACAACAACACUCUGUUAUGAAGCCAGGAGGUGUCCCACAGCCUGUAGUUGAUCGCAGACUUUCACAGCAGGGAGCAGAUCACAUUACCCGUCAUGGACCUGAAAUUAUGAAUCAACAUAGAGCUGAUAUGCAAAAACAGCAUGGCAUUGACACCAUGCAUGGUUCAACUGGUAUGCAGCAUCAAGUGGUUCAACAACAGCAGCAGCAACAUCAGCAGCAGCAACAGCAGCAGCAGCAACAGCAGCAUCAGCAGCAACAACAGCAACAUCAUCAACAACAGCAACAACAUCACCAGCAACAGCAGCAGCAUCAACAACAGCAGCAGCAGCAACAACAACAGCAGCAGCAACAACAGCAACACAGACAAGAAAUAAUGCAACAGCAGAGGCAAAAUGUUCAUUCUCAGCAAAGGCAAGAUGUAGUAACUCCUCACAGACAUCGGCAUGACUCCAUGACUUCUCACUUGCAGGACACCAACAUGCCAAGCCAUAUGCAGCAGGAGCAGCCUAUGUUACAGCAUCAUCAGGACAACUUGGCCAGUAACAUGAGGCCAGAGAUGAUGAACCCUCACAUUCACAACCCCAUGAUGACUCGCAGACCUGACAGUGUGGGACCUCACAUAGCUGACAAUCGGAGAGACACUUCCACACCACACGGAACAGAUGCUAUGGCCCAGCACAUGCAAGUACAGGAAAUGAGAAGAGAAACAGCGACACCCCAUCGGCAAGAUACCAUGGCCCAUAACAUGCAGGAAGCAUUGACUGCACAUCGUCAAGAGAACAUGACACCACAUCUGCAAGACCCGAUGGCUGGCCAGAGAUUAGACACCGCCACUCCUCAUCGGGAAGAUGCCAUGACGCCUCACAUUAUAGACAACAUGGCGUCACAAAGACAUGAUGCUAUGACAAGGCAGGCUUCAAUGACACCACAUCUUCAAGAGACUGUAACGCAACCAAGGCAAGACACAAGAACUCCUCAUCGUCAGGGUACCUUUGGUCAGCAACGUCAAGACACCAUGACCCCUCGUAGGCAAGAAUCUACAUCUGUGUCAAGACAUGAAGCAAUAGUUCAGCACGGCCAGAGCGGAUCAUCAUCCUUGAGGCAUGAAAGACGUGCAAUGCAACAGCAACAACGUGCAGCUGCAGCUGCUGCAGCAGCUGCCGCAGCGGAACAGCUUCAUCAACCACAGAUGCCCCAACAGCAGACACAUCCUAAUCAAAUGAAUCCAGCUAUUUCUCUCCACCAUCAGCAGCAGCAACAGCCGCAACAACAGCAGCAACAGCAUUACGGUCAACACCUUCCGCAUCAUCUCCAGCAGCAGAUCGGCGGUGCCCAGCCACCCUCUGCAGCUGCGGCUGCUGCUGCAGCGAUGCAUGGCAUGCAUCCUAGCAAUUACAAAGCCUACAGCCACUUCCAAGGCCACCCGACUCACAACCCGGCCAGCCCACAUCCAAACAUGGUGCCGGCCGUCCAGCAGCACUGCAAUGCCACGCGUCCUUACAAUUACUUUGGCCAGUACCCGUCAUCUCCUCGACACCCUUCUGGACCGAUGAAUGGCUACAUGCAGGCACGGAUGAUGUCCAACAGCUACCAUCCGAGUGGCACUCCAGGCUUUAUGGAACAACCAAGCAUGCAUAUGCAAAUGGAGAUGGCUCACAUGGCUCGCCAGCAGCACAACCAGUCCGGGAUGUAUCCCAACUACCCUCGCUUCAUGAAACCGUCCAUGGGAAGCCAAUCCGUCAUGAGAAGGUGAUACUAACCAAUGUUUCAUUCUAACUUUCUGCAGAAAUCAAAACCACAAUUAAAUCAUUCUCCGUGCUCGUCUCACUCAAUCCCAGUCACACAUACUCUUCAAUUAAUAGGAAAUUCCAUAUACAGUGCGUCCCACAAAAAAAGAAACCCAUUUUCCUGGAAAGAUUUUACAAGUAAUAAUUAUGUUUUUACUAUAGAUUUGACACCUACGGUAAGAGUGGAAUCUCGUCUUAAUUUGAGACCAACAGCUUAGCCAGUCGUUCAUGCAUGGCAGAUUACAAACAAUAACAAUAUUCAGGCAUAUCAAAACGGUUUCCGCUGAGAUUCUCAUGUGUGAAUCUGAAUCCAAUCUCAUUUGAGAGAUCAGUGAGAGAAACUUAAAAAAGAAUACAAAAUAAAUGCUAAUGAGCCAAUUGUUGAAUACGCACGGUCAUCAUAUCAGGAACCAUUCUUGUCUAAUUUUUCUGUGCAACCUGGUUUAGACAUUAAAAUUGCAAAUUCUUCAUCAGUGCUCUUCUCGUAUAAGGUGUCAAAAUAUGGAGAAAUAAUUAAAUAUUGUGAUGAUGUAAAUGAAGUAUAAAAAUACAUUUGCCUUUGAAGAAGAAAGCCAUGGGAGUCCUGGUUUCCUGUUUUUCUGGGACACACUGUCUGUGGAGACAAAUUGAUAUUGAAGUCUUUGUUUUAUUUUUCUUACAUUUUAUUGUCUCUCGUUGCAAUCAGAAGAGUCCUGCUUGUUACGCUGCUUGUGAGGAUAAACUUUUAAUACAUGCAGUUUUUCUUGUACUUUUGGGCUCGCAGAAUGGAAAAGAUCAUUGUGUAAUAUUACUUAAAUUCUAUCUGCGUGCCGUGUUUUUCCUAUGGAAUUCUCAGAUUUCCUAUUGGAGGGUUAUGUUUGAAAGAAUCCAUAAUGUCACUAUGAAUCUGUAUGGCGUAGCCAGAAGAAUCUCUCCUUUCAACUGCAUAAUAACAAUUCCCCAACAAAUCUCAUUGACAGACUUAAUAUAAUAGACUUAAUGUUCUCCCUCACAUUGUACAUGUUUAUACAGUCCAGUAUCCAACUUCUUUUGUUUUCAGUAGUGUAUCAAAGUUUGGUUAUUCUAUUAUAGCUUUUCUCAGGUAUCCAUAAGAUGAGUGUAUUUGUCUGUGAUUUCUGUACGUUCAAUAUCAAUCAUCAGUGUACAUGAAUCUGAAUCUGUAUUUUAUUCACUAUUAAGAU